AUGCAGCGCACCUAUCUCGCAUUCCAGCGCAACGCGCACCUGCACACGCUCUCCGUGGCCGUGACAGCAGUGAAGACGCUCGCGUCGCUCGAAGAGGCCAACCGCGCACUCUUCAAGCCCGGCGGCGGCGAGGACGCGGGCCACCCCCACCACGUGGUGAUCACGGACUCCACCAUCUUCCACCCGCAGGGGGGCGGCCAGCCCUCGGACGUGGGGUGCAUGACGGGCGCGGGCGGGGCGGUGCGGUUCGACGUGCAGAUGGUGCGGACGAGCGCGGCGGCGUCGUCGCCGGGGCAGGUGCUGCACUUUGGGCGGUUCGCGGCGGGCUCCCCCUCGGCGUUCGAGGCGGGCGACGAGGUCGAGCAGGCCAUCGACGCCGAGAGGCGGCUGCUGUACUCGCGGUACCACACGGCGGGCCACGUGCUGGGGGCGGCGGUGCGGCACCUGGUCAUGGGCCAGGUGGAGGGGUUCGACGAGACCAAGGCGAGCCACUUCCCGGACUCGGCGGCGUGCGAGUUCGCGGGCUCCAUCGAUGGCAGGUGGAAGGAGCCCGUGCAGGCCAAGGUGGACGAGUACGUCGCCAGGGACAUGCCGGUGGAGAUCGACUGGUGGGACGAGGAUGACUUCCGGGCGAACGGCCUGGAGCGGCUGAUCCCGGACCGCGAGGCCAUGGGCAUGACUGCGGACGAGAAGUUCAGGGUCGUCAAGAUCGUGGGGGCGGAGGUCUACCCGUGUGGCGGCACGCACGUGGACACGACGAAGCUGUGUGGCAAGACGAAUGUCAAGAAGAUCAGUCGGUCCAAGGGGACGAGUAGGGUCAGCUACGUGCUGCCGUAG